CUUUCGAAUUUUUGGUUGGGGACGCGCCAGAAAAACUUCCUUCAGCUUCGGAUUGAAUCCCCGUUUCUUCCGUCAAGGAUUAAAUUUGAUUCGCGGCCUUCCGACAACUUCAUUUUUUCACCACCUUAAAAUUUGAAUCCAAAUGAAGCAUAUCGCUGCCUACCUGCUCCUGAAAAUUGGAGGAAAUGAAUCUCCCUCAGCCAAGGACAUCAAGAAACUUCUCGACGUUGUUGGUAUCGCGGCCGAUGAUGAGAGACUUGACAAACUCAUCUCCGAGUUAUCGGGCAAGUCUAUCGACGAAGUGAUUUCUGAGGGAUCUAGUAAGCUUGCUUCUGUUCCUUCUGGCGGAGGUGCUGCUGCUGGUGCUCCCGCUGCUGGUGGCGCUGCUGCUAGUGCUGGCGGUGCUGCUGAGGAGAAGGAAGAGAAGAAAGAAGAGGAGAAAGAGGAGUCCGAUGACGACAUGGGCUUUGGUCUCUUCGAUUAGUUUACUUCGCACGUGUAUCUUUCAAUAUCGUUGUAGCUGUAGCCUUGGCGAAUUGCAAUUUUUUUACCCGCGCACAGAC